CGCGCGGUGCAACGCACGCUCCUGUACUCAGGUGACAGCUCAGUGAUAACAAACGCAAACCGAUCGGUGGACUCGACUGCCAGGCGUCUCUAUAACCGUCUGCAGAGGCUCAAAGUGAAUUUCUCAAACUUUUUUUUUUAAGUUUUCAUUUCCGCGGCGCUUCCAAAAAAAGGAUUUACUUCUUUACGCCUUUCCUCUGGUUUGAUCAACGAUGCCAGCUGACACUAUGGAAAAGCAGACGGCAUCUCCUAUUGCCGGUGCCCCUGCAAACGGAUCACACACACCGGACAAACCGAAAAAUGCCAGCGAGCAUAGAAAAUCAUCCAAACCGAUCAUGGAAAAACGCCGGAGAGCGAGAAUUAACGAAAGUCUUGGGCAGCUCAAGACUCUCAUCUUGGACGCACUUAAAAAAGAUAGCUCCAGACACUCCAAGUUGGAAAAAGCAGACAUCCUGGAAAUGACAGUGAAGCACUUGAGGAACCUGCAGCGUGUACAAAUGAGCGCAGCGCUCUCAGCAGAUGCCACCGUCCUGAGUAAAUACAGAGCCGGAUUCAACGAGUGCAUGAACGAGGUCACCCGCUUCCUGUCCACCUCAGAGGGGGUUAACACGGAGGUGAGGUCGAGGCUCCUCAACCACCUGUCCAGCUGCAUGAGCCAGAUGAUGUCCAUGAACUACCCGCAGCAGGCCCCGUCCCAGCAGGCGCACCUGGCUCAGCCUCUCCACGUGCAGCUCCCAUCCACUCUGCCCAUCAGCGGCGCUGCCAUGGGCUCCAAACUCAGUCCUGCCGAGGCCGUCUCCCCCAAGGUCUUUGGUGGGUUCCAGCUGGUUCCCGCAACCGAUGGACAGUUCGCUUUUUUGAUCCCUAACCCGGCCUUUGCCUCCGCCACAGCCCCAGUCAUCCCCCUUUACACAAACGCAGGAGUGCCUGUUGCAGUCAACGCCAGUCCGGUGCACGGCAGCUCAGCACCGACUGCAGCAUCUCCAGUUCACGGGAUGACGUCCUUCUCCGGGGGGUCCCAGGCGGUCAGUCCGGUGGGGGUCAGCACCGGCUCGGAGAGCAGCGAGCCCGUGUGGCGGCCUUGGUAGCUUAAGGGACAAGAGACUCAUGUGAAACCAGUUUGCAUUAUUUUUCCAGUUUAGACAUUUAACUGACUGCACACACAACUGUUGCUGGGGUCGAACCUGUGACUUUUCCCGCUGUGGAAUGGUAACUCUAACCACUUAAUACCCCCCCAGCACUUCUCAUUGUUUCGUUUUAUGGAACAGGGGUUGUCUCAUAUGGCACAUAGUUUUUAUAAGUUAUUGUCUGAUUCCAAUAUUUGGAUGUCGGUGAUAACCGCGCUGUACAUGCAGAAGAAUUAUAGGAAACUUUUGUUAUGAAGUACUUUUUAUGAAAAGCUUUUAGUUUUGUACAGAGUUGUUAUGGAUUGUUAUACCAAAGCUGUGUUUUAUAUUCUUUGUUGUUUUGUGUUGAAAAGAAAAAGUGAAGUUGGGUGAUG